GGUUGGGCGGCAGCGGCCCGGAGCUACUGGCGAGAACUGCUCGGACCCCUGUCUUUGAGGCUGUAGUCGGCGGCCACAGACCGACGGGAGAUUACUUCUGUAACUGGGUCACCAAUUAGUUGUACAAAACAUAAUGUCUCGAUCUCGACAACCCCCUCUGGUGACAGGCAUUUCUCCAAAUGAAGGAAUACCAUGGACAAAGGUCACCAUUAGAGGAGAAAACCUGGGGACUGGCCCCACUGACCUUAUCGGAUUGACAAUUUGUGGACAUAAUUGCCUUUUGACGGCUGAAUGGAUGUCUGCGAGUAAAAUAGUAUGUCGAGUGGGACAAGCCAAAAACGAUAAAGGGGACAUUAUUGUCACAACCAAAUCGGGUGGCAAAGGAACCUCAACAGUUUCUUUCAAGCUAUUAAAACCUGAAAAAAUAGGCAUUUUGGAUCAGUCUGCUGUGUGGGUCGAUGAAAUGAAUUAUUAUGAUAUGCGUACUGACAGGAAUAAAGGAAUUCCUCCAUUGUCCCUCCGUCCUGCAAAUCCUCUUGGCAUUGAAAUUGAAAAAAGUAAAUUUCCUCAGAAGGACUUAGAAAUGCUGUUCCAUGGAAUGAGUGCUGAUUUUACAAGUGAGAAUUUUUCAGCUGCCUGGUACCUUAUAGAGAACCACUCAACUACCAGCUUUGAACAGCUCAAAACAGCAGUCACCACCCUCAAAAGGCAGGCCAACAAGAAGAGCGAGGGCAGUCUGGCAUAUGUGAAAGGGGGUCUCAGUACAUUCUUUGAAGCACAGGAUGCCCUCUCAGCCAUCCAUCAAAAAUUAGAGGCUGAUGGAACGGAAAAAGUAGAAGGAUCCAUGACGCAGAAACUGGAGAAUGUUCUGAACAGAGCAAGUAAUACUGCGGACACGUUAUUUCAAGAAGUAUUAGGUCGAAAGGACAAGGCAGAUUCUACUAGGAAUGCACUCAAUGUACUUCAGCGAUUUAAGUUUCUCUUCAAUCUUCCUCUGAAUAUUGAAAGGAAUAUUCAAAAGGGUGACUAUGAUGUGGUUAUUAAUGAUUAUGAAAAGGCCAAGUCACUCUUUGGGAAAACGGAGGUGCAAGUUUUCAAGAAAUAUUAUGCUGAAGUAGAAACACGAAUAGAAGCUUUACAAGAAUUACUUCUGGAUAAAUUGCUUGAGACACCAUCAACCUUACAUGACCAAAAACGCUAUAUAAGGUAUCUGUCUGACCUUCAUGCUCCUGGUGACCCUGCCUGGCAAUGCAUUGGAGCCCAGCACAAGUGGAUCCUUCAGCUCAUGCACAACUGCAAGGAAGGCUAUGUGAAAGACCUGAAAGGUAACCCUGGCCUGCACAGUCCCAUGCUGGAUUUUGAUAAUGAUGUGCGACCUUCUGUGUUGGGCCACCUCAGUCAGACAGCAUCACUAAAGAGAGGCAGCAGCUUUCAGUCUGGUCGAGAUGACACAUGGAGAUAUAAAACUCCCUACAGAGUGGCAUUUGUUGAAAAAUUAACCAAGCUUGUUUUAAGUCAGCUGCCUAACUUCUGGAAACUCUGGAUUUCCUAUGUUAAUGGAAGCCUUUUCAGUGAGACUGCCGAGAAGUCAGGCCAAGUUGAAAGAUCAAAGAAUGUAAGACAAAGACAAAAUGAUUUCAAGAAAAUGAUUCAGGAAGUAAUGCAUUCUCUUGUGAAGUUGAUCCGUGGAGCUUUGCUCCCACUCAGCAUCCGAGAGGGAGAAAUGAGGCAGUAUGGAGGCUGGGAGGUGAAGUCUGAGCUCUCUGGGCAAUGGCUUGCUCAUGUCAUCCAGACCAUAAGGCUUACUUAUGAAUCAUUGACUGCCCUCGAAAUUCCGAAUGAUAUGUUGCAGACUAUCCAGGAUCUUAUUUUGGAUCUCCGUGUACGUUGUGUAAUGGUCACAUUACAACACACAGCAGAAGAAAUAAAGAGAUUAGCUGAAAAGGAGGACUGGAUUGUUGAUAAUGAAGGAUUGACUUCUCUACCAUGUCAGUUUGAACAGUGCAUUGUGCACUCCCUGCAGUCCCUGAAGGUUGUUCUCGAGUGCAAGCCUGGGGAAGCCAGUGUCUUUCAACAACCUAAAACACAGGAGGAGGUUUGCCAGUUAAGCAUCAAUAUCAUGCAGGUUUUUAUAUACUGUUUGGAACAAUUGAGCACCAAGCCUGAUGCUGAUAUAGAUACUACACAUCUUUCUGUAGAUGUUUCUUCUCCUGAUUUGUUUGGAAGUAUUCAUGAAGACUUCAGUUUGACUUCUGAGCAGCGACUUUUGAUUGUCCUGAGUAAUUGCCGCCAUCUAGAACGUCGUACUUUCUUAAAUAUAACAGAACAUUUUGAAAAGCACAACUUCCAGGGAAUAGAAAAAAUAACACAGGUUAGCAUGGCCUCACUGAAAGAACUAGACCAAAGACUCUUUGAAAAUUACAUUGAGCUGAAAGCAGAUCCAAUCGUUGGCUCCUUGGAACCUGGAAUUUAUGCAGGCUAUUUUGACUGGAAAGAUUGCCUACCUCCAACAGGUGUCAGAAACUAUUUAAAAGAAGCUUUGGUGAAUAUAAUUGCUGUGCAUGCAGAGGUGUUUACUAUUUCCAAAGAAUUGGUGCCUCGGGUACUGUCCAAGGUGGUAGAAGCAGUUUCUGAAGAGCUAAGUCGACUGAUGCAGUGUGUUUCCUCCUUCAGCAAAAAUGGAGCACUGCAGGCAAGACUUGAGAUCUGUGCUUUGAGGGAUACUGUGGCCAUUUACCUGACACCUGAAAGCAAGUCUAGUUUUAAACAGGCCCUGGAAGCCCUGCCUCAGCUUGCAAGUGGAGCAGAUAAGAAGUUACUGGAAGAGCUGCUGAACAAGUUCAAGAGCAGUAUGCACUUGCAGCUUACCUGUUUCCAAGCUACUUCUUCAACCAUGAUGAAAACAUAAAUACCUGCAAAAGAAGGGCAGUCCAGAAAGAUAACAUGUAAUAAGAAUAUUCACUUUCUAAGUGCCCUAAAGGUAUUAGGUGUAUAGAGCACUGCGUUUGCAAUUUCUCUGUACACCUCCCCCCACACCUCAGAAGCUUAGAAAUUAAUGUAUGUUUUUUUUCAACCAAAAUGACAGUAUUUGAAAAACCCAAGCAGUAAUUUUUUUGUGUGCCCUUUUGUUGUUGUUGUUAAUAAGGUUCUAUAUGACUGUUUGACAUACUUUGUUUUUAUUUUUAUUUUAUUUUAUUUUUGCCUCAGCUAAAUGUUGCCUGGUGAGUGUUGUGGGAGGAACAGCUUAUUUAGGGAAUGUUUUGAGAUGGCACAUGGUAUGUCUGAAAGCAUUUCUAUAUGUAUCAUUUAAUACACUUUUAAUGUCAGCAGUUUAUAAGAUCCAUGAAGAGAUUGAUAAGAAAUUUGAAAGUUAUAUUUAGACAUCUUUGGGACUUUAUCCUAAACUGCAUAGCUGUACUUUAAAGCCUUAUUUCAUACAGAUGGCCCUACAUCAUUAAUUCAUGUGGGUUUGGGGUAAAUUUACGGUCUUGCAUUAAAAAGUGGUUCAUGAAUUAACUUUGCAUUUUGUUGUCCAGUUUUUAUUUUUCACAGUACUAAAUAUUUAACACCUUUUGCAUUUUUUUGUUGUUGUUGUUCUCACUCAUUCUUUUUGAUUUGAUGUAUGCGAUGUGUGUCACUUAGCAUUGGUGUGUCAUUGAUUCCUAAGGACCUGUGUGUUGUCUAUGAUGGGAUGUGAAUGCCAGACUCUAUGCCAAACUCACAGGCACUGUCAGCACCAUCUUCAAUGUCACCUAAAGAAUAAGCCAGGCACAUGGGGACAGCUGGCACUCCUGCCUGUUGCUUUUGAUUCUAGUGAUUUACUUUCUCCACCACUUCUUAGCCUUUGAAAAAUCUUGCCCUGGAGCUGAAAGGAUGCUACUCUGGCAUAGUCAGUGUUUUCUGAAAAAGACACCCCUGGGUCAGCAGGCAGUGAUUCACUACUGACUGGACUUACCAGAAUAGGUUCAGGUCACUGUGACAAAGUGGCUUCUCUAACCUAACUCCAUUUUACCCUCUGUUUCAGAAAACAGUUUCCAAUUGUGGUUUACUUGUCAAGGUCUUCAAAUUUUUCUGUAGGUGAUACAGAAUUCUAUUUUUCAAUUGCUGGAAUAAAUGUCUUUGGUAAUACAAGUAAUUUUAGAGCACAGUAUAGCAAUAUACAGAAUUAUGUGAAAUAAGUAAAUGUUGUAUUUGUUAAUUUGAUGUUUGGGUGGACUCACAAUAACUGAACGUUAAAAGUUUAAUCUUUUACAGACGUGGCUUGAUAAAUUAAUGUAUGCAGAAAGUUGUCUUUCCUGAGUGUGUUAACCAUUGUAUCUAGCAUGACUGUGAACUAAAUUAUAAAACUGCAAUCCUGAAUGUUUGUGUUAUUUUAAAUAUCUAGUACAGUAUGUUCAGCCAAUAAAGAAUCUUUCUUCACUCUGA